CUGAGAUCUUUUGUUUUUUUUCUUUAUAAUUAUUUUUCUAAAGAAUUCGCCCAAAGGUUUUUUGUUUAUUCUCCCUGUCAUUCAUCGAUUGCAUUAUCCAUCACUUCCAUUUUGUUCGCAUCCUCGGAGGAUCCCAGAAUCAUUCGCUUUUUUUUUUCUUUCAAAAGCUAAUUUGUGGAUCCUUCUGCACCAUCAAUUUCGGUUUGGACCCUAAAUUUGCAUGGGAAAUUUUCUGGGAAUUUCGCAUUCCUCUCUCUGUGAAUUGCGCGAGUCGUACACGGCUUGAGUGGAAAUCCAAGCAAGUUUCUUGAACAAUGGAGGAACCUUACAAUGGCGGAACCGCUGAUUCCAGGCUUCAGAUUGUUAAGUACGCGCCAUAUAAUAAGCCCUGUGAGAAGUUUUCAUUGCCAUGGCUCGAUUUAAGAGUGUUCUAUGUGAGGAUAAGCAAUUUCUUGAUUGAUGAAUCCACGCCAUCGGUUCUCACUCUCAACCAUGUUCCUCUAAGUCCAGACACCGUUUUGGAAGUUAAUGGUGUUAGGUGUAACAUGAGCUCCGAAGGAAUCUCUUCGGUCCUGAGGAGAGAUCGGGCCGAUAAGAAAUCCGAGGAAGCCACAUUCGUGACCACGGAUUGUAUAAGAUUGACGGGUAAUGUGAGGUUUGAGGUUUACGAUAAGGGGGAUUUGAUUCUGUCCGGGGUUUUGGAGAUUUGUAGUGGUAAUGGAUAUGCUGGAGAAUCCGAGAGUAAUGCUAAGAAUUGGAGUAUGAACUGUGAAAUGGAGAUUACUGCCGGGAGUGGUUUCUUGAAGGGGAAACACAUUGUAGGUCCCGAGUCACCAUUACCGACUAUCGAGGUUUAUGUCGCUGGAUGUUUCUCAGGAAAGCCGAUUAUCUUAACUAAGACUAUGCAGCUUGGUUUCAAAAGGAAGCAGACUAAGAAGGGUACUCUUGAUUCGAUCCCGGAGAAUGACAUCGGCGAGACAGAGAAAAAUCCAUCAGCCGGAGUUGAUCAUCAGAUGAAAGAGUAUGAUCAUCACAAACUCGAAUACGAGGAAGAAGAGUACCAGAACAUGUACUGGAGGAGGAAUGGGGAAUACAUGGAGGGAGAGGACGGUGAAAUGUCGUGGUUCAACGCGGGAGUGAGAGUUGGGGUGGGGAUAGGGCUCGGGAUUUGCGUCGGCGUCGGCAUAGGAGUCGGUCUUUUGGUUCGUACUUACCAAUCAACCACUCGAAGUUUCAGAAGGCGGCUUCCAUGACUGGUGACUGUGAGGUGCUUUCUUCUUUUUUCACGUAGCAGCUAAAAACAAACACUACAAGUUCCUCCUUGUCAUUUCCAGCCUGUGAUACUAUAUAGAUGUGUGUGUGUGUAUAUAUAUAUGAUAUAUGGUUUUGUAUAUGUAUGUGAGUAUAUGUAUAGGUGAGGAAAGGUCUAUGGUUUUCAAAUUUGUUUGUUUUAAUGUGGAACACCAAGUUUAUGCCCCGGAGAGAGAGAUAGCAAAGUUCGAUUCCAACAACAAUGGAGAAUUCGAACAAACUAGAUCAAAUUUCAAAUUCGAAUAACCAAAAUAUUCAUAUUUGUAUUUA